AUGAACUCGAAACUCCUCUUCCAAAUUUUCUUCUGGGGUGACUUUGAUGGUGCUCCGACCACCCCAUCCGUGGUACUUGCUCCAGGAUCUGACUGCAACCCUUAUGAGUACGCCGAGGUGCAAGUGCCGUGUUUUGAGCUGGUUUCAAACAUGUUCACCGACGGUGGUUUGAUCUGCAACGCUUUGGACCGGAGCUCUCCCUCGCGUCAAGAGAUUGGUAGAGUAGAGCUGACAGCAAGCUUGAGCCUCCUCGUCUGCGAUGCCGAGAGGAAUGGUGUGGCCGUUCCCUCUGCKUGUGAUGCUUUUCGCCUUGGCCCGGGGUUCUCAAUCUCUGGCAAAUCGUCCGAGGCACAGUCGGCCUGUCGCAACGCGAUUUUCGAAGAUCUUUCUUUAGGGGCGAGAUAUCAAGACCUAUCGAUGAAGCCCGAAGCGUGUAAGCUGAAGAUGAAAGAGAUUCGCGAGUGGAAAACGGAGAUAAGUGCCGAGGCGGUGGAAGCAGCACUGACUGUCAUGAGCGAGAUUAUCGACACGGACCUGGAAAAGUCAAUCCAACAUGGCAACGCCCUCGACAGAACCAGCAUCGCCAUCACCAACGUUAACGCUGAGGCUGAUGUUGUGGGCGGAAAGGUGUCUCAGAUUGGCAACGUCGUCGAAGAGAUCAACAGCACUCUCACCGACGUCUCCGCAACUGCAAGCUCUCUAUCGGGAACAUUGGAAGGAGUCCGUGAAGGAAUACUCAACGGCUUGCAGGACCAUAUGACCGGCUUUCUAUCCAUGCUUGAGGAGCAGACAAAUGGCAUUCUGUCCAGGUUUGAGCAGCGCUUGCAAGUGGCAUGGAUCGAGUUUUUGGCGGCACUGAACGAGAAGGCCGUCCAGUGGCUACGUGAACAGUUGGCGGCAUUCGACUCAAGUCUACGGGAAUUCUGGGCAUCAGUGAUGCCAAUCAAUCUGGUCUUGAAGUACUCCACGACGAUCUUGACGAUCUUGACGAGCGUACUAGCAAUAUACUGGSUGCGCAAGUCACAUCCAGACGUGGUGCGGAAACGUGCUUUCUGUGUUUGCGCAGCUUACGCUGUAUUCUUGGGCCGUCCUGAAGSGUACCUUGCACAGGCGUGCGCGGCGUCAGUAUAUAUCACGGGACUACGGCACAUCCUCCGCGGCAUAAUUCUGGCAACAAUGUUCGUGGCUCUCGCUAUCUCAUCAGUGCUAUAUCUCGGUUGGUCUGAUCCAGUCGUCCGAGUCACCGCCACUAUCGCCACUCUUGUCGUCUGCUCUCGGUUGCCUAUGAAUCCGCAACAGGGUCUCCGAAGAUUCUUCCGUCGAAAAGUCACCACAAUCGAGGUCCAGGAACCCGCGAAUCCCGAGCCGAUACCACGAAGAGUGCAACAACCAUCAGGAAUCCACCAGCUCAACCAAGUCCGUCCAACCAGCGGACGCAAUCGCAGCGACUCGUUCAGCGGACAGGGCAAGCCGCUGGGUGGAGAUAGAGUCGCAGCUUCUCGUUUACUGGAACCACGCGGCUGA